AGAGAGCGAGGAUAAGCAUCCCGACGCAUCCCAGCAUCCAGACUUUUACGCGUUCAGGUGCGCGCGGUGAAUCACGCACAAGACGCGGGGGGACAUCAGCAGUGGAUUUUGUUUGUGUCUUAAGACAUAGAAGGAAAUGAUUUUCAUCACGUUUGAACUUGACUUUUCUUUGUGGGAUAGUUUACGCGCGUAUUUGAGCAGAACAGGUGCAUCUCAUAUGGGCUCCUCCGGUAAUGCGGAAUGAGCGCACGGGACCGUUAGCGCGCGCUUACCGUGGAUCACCUGAUUCAUCACCGAGAGCCGCAUUCCGCGCGCACCGAUUUUAGGAGGAAAGUUCAACGCAAAAAAGAAGAUUGCCUAAUGAAUCAACAUCUUUCCCCCAAACGAGCUAUUUUCUGAAUUGGAUUUUUCCCUAGGACUAAAUGACUUUAGUCUUUACAGAGCUUAAAGCAUCGAUACGGAUAUCUUCACAUUAAACAGGAGUCCGUUUUUGUUUUUCUUUCCUAUACUUGCCCUGAUCCACGGAUUUGUCACUAUGCACGAGAAACGGUGACCGAUUCUACCCGUAUGCGCGAGCCCGAGGGUCGUGUUUGGCUGCUGUUGGUCUACAAAUGUAUGGCUCUGACAACACCAUAUGGAGACAACUGUUUGAAUUAAAGCAGUGGGAACACGCAUGAACUGCUGUCAUGGAUUUAAGGGAUUUUUUCUUGUUGGCAACAUUAGUUGCAUGUUUUUGGUUAGAUCCAACCAUUGCCCAAGAGCUCAUUUAUCCUAUUCGAGAAGAGCUACAGGAGAAUGUUCUUAUUGGAAAUAUACCAAAGGACUUGAAUAUCUCCCAUAUGAACUCUGGUACUGGAGCAAGUAGUAAUCUGGUUUACCGGCUCGUCUCGAAAGCAGGGGAUAACCCGCUGUUGAGAGUGAUGAGCAAUACGGGAGAAAUCUUUACCACCUCUAAUCGCAUAGACAGGGAAAAACUCUGUCCCGGACCCUCAUUUGAAGACAGCGAGUGCUCUUUUGAAAUCGAGGUGGUCAUAUUACCCAAUGAUUAUUUCAGGCUAAUCAAAAUAAAGAUCAUCGUCAAAGACACCAACGACAACGCUCCAAUGUUUCCAUCCCCCGUCAUUAACAUCUCCAUUCCGGAAAACACGCUGAUCAACAGCCGCUUUGCCAUUCCCUCGGCCACCGAUCCAGAUACCGGACCCAACAGCGUCUACAAGUACGAGCUGUUGAACGGCCAGAGCGCUUUCGGCUUGGACAUCGUGGAGACGCAAGAGGGAGAGAAAUGGCCUCAGCUCAUAGUUCAGCAGAAUUUAGACAGAGAGCAGAAAGAUACAUACGUGAUGAAAGUUAAAGUGGAGGAUGGAGGGAGCCCGCAGAAAUCCAGCACUGCCAUUCUACAGGUAACUGUCACGGAUGUCAAUGAUAACCGGCCUGUGUUUAAAGAGAGCCAAAUCGAGGUCCACAUUCCUGAGAACUCUCCCAUUGGGACAUCGGUAGUUCAGCUACAAGCCACGGACGCGGACGUGGGGGCCAACGCAGAAAUUAAAUACAUGUUUGGAGCCCAAGUGUCUCCAGCCACACGCAGGCUUUUUGCUCUGAACUCCACCAGUGGACUCAUAACAGUUCAAAGGCCACUGGAUAGAGAGGAGACUGCUAUUCAUAAACUGGCAGUGCUAGCCAGCGACGGAAGUUCGAGUCCGGCACGAGCCACCGUAACUAUCAACGUGACUGAUGUUAAUGACAAUGCUCCAAACAUUGACCUGAGAUACAUCAUUGGUCCAACAAACGGUACUGUAAUGCUUUCUGAAAAAGAUCCGAUUAACACCAAGAUCGCUCUCAUUACCGUAUCUGACAAAGACACCGAUGUUAACGGCAAGGUAAUUUGUUUCAUUGAAAAAGACGUUCCUUUUCACCUCAAAGCUGUUUAUGACAACCAGUAUUUGUUAGAAACGUCUGCGCUGCUCGAUUAUGAGGGAACCAAGGAGUACAUUUUCAAGAUCGUGGCCUCUGACUCUGGAAAGCCUAGUUUAAACCAGACUGCCCUAGUUAGAGUCAGGCUCGAGGAUGAGAACGACAAUCCGCCCGUUUUCACCCAGCCUGUCAUUGAGCUGGCAGUGAUGGAAAACAACCAACGUGACAUGUUUCUGACAACCAUUAGUGCCACGGAUGAGGACAGCGGGAGAAAUGCUGAGAUCGUCUACCAGCUUGGACCCAACGCUUCCUUCUUCGACCUCGACCGCAAAACAGGGGUGCUGACCGCAUCGAGAGUGUUUGAUAGAGAGGAUCAAGAGCGAUUCCUCUUCACUGUUACUGCUAGAGACAAUGGCACCAGGGCUCUGCAGAGUCAAGCUGCGGUCAUAGUCACCAUAUUGGACGAGAAUGACAACAGCCCCAAAUUCACACACAACCACUUUCAGUUCUUUGUGUCGGAGAAUCUGCCUAAAUAUAGUACAGUAGGAGUAAUCACUGUCACGGAUGCUGAUGCUGGCGAGAACGCGGUAGUGAGACUCUCGAUACUCAAUGAUAACGAGAACUUCAUCCUUGACCCGGAUUCUGGAGUCAUAAAGUCCAACGUUUCUUUCGACCGAGAGCAGCAAAGCUCCUACACUUUUGACGUGAGAGCUGUGGACAAUGGCAGCCCCCCAUGCUCAUCGGCUGCCAAGGUGACCAUCAAUGUCAUUGACGUUAACGAUAACACCCCCAUUGUCAUAUAUCCACCAUCUAACACGUCUUUCAAACUGGUGCCCCUGUCUGCGAUUCCAGGGUCAGUCGUGGCUGAAGUUUUUGCUGUGGAUGGUGACACAGGCAUGAACGCUGAGCUAAAGUACACCAUUGUGAGUGGCAACAACAGAGGUCUUUUUAGAAUCGACCCUGUAACUGGAAACAUCACGCUGGAGGAGAAACCAAUGAUUGCAGACAUUGGCCUACAUAGGCUUGUGGUCAACAUCAGCGACCUCGGCUACCCAAAGUCCUUGCACACACUCGUCCUCGUUUUCCUGUACGUAAAUGACACGGUUGGAAAUUCCUCGUACGUAUACGACCUCAUUCGACGGACGAUGGAAACGCCGCUGGAUAGAAACAUCGGCGAGAGCAGCGAAACAUAUCAGAACGUCGACAACCUGAAAACCAUCAUCGCAAUUGUCACGGGCGCCAUGGUGGUCAUCGUGGUCAUCUUCAUCACUGUUCUGGUGCGCUGCCGAAACGCCUCGCAGUUCAAGGCAGCGCAGAGGAAGAAGCAGGGUGCCGAGUGGAUGUCCCCCAACCAGGAGAACAAGCAGAACAAAAAGAAAAAGCGCAAAAAGAGGAAGUCGCCAAAGAGCUCCCUCCUGAACUUUGUCACCAUCGAGGAGAACAAACCCGAUGACGCCGCUCACGAACCCAUUAACGGAACCAUCAGCCUCCCAGCUGAGCUCGAGGAGCCCGGAAUCGGACGUUUCGACUGGAAUGCCACCCCUACUUCCACCUUCAAACCCAGCAGCCCGGACUUGGCCCGGCACUACAAAUCGGCUUCGCCCCAGUCGGCCUUCCACCUAAAAGCCGACACGCCGGUGUCCGUGAAGAAACAUCACGUCAUACAGGAGCUGCCACUGGACAACACCUUUGUUGGAGGCUGCGACACGCUUUCCAAACGUUCGUCCACCAGUUCGGAUCACUUCAGUGCCUCUGAAUGCAGUUCACAAGGGGGCUUCAAGUCAAAGGGGGCACCUUUGCACACCAGACAGGGAACGCUUACCCGUGCCCGUACCGAACUGAACCCCGACUACCUGGACCUUCGUUCCAGAGCCGAGCUGAACCCGGAGUACUGGACGCCCUGUACACCUCUGGUGAGUAACCCAUGUUUAAACCAUUUCAAUGGCAAAUGCUGGCAUCAUUAGAGAUUUCCAGAAACA